AACGCAGCCAACCAAGUUUACGAUGGAUGCCGGCCAUCGUACAUAUGCUUCAUAUUCGUACGACUAUCACAUGCCACCAAUGCCUUUUCUACAAAGAUUAUACACCGCUUCGGUGACUAGUCUAAGUUUUGACGAGCUCAUCCGAUACGUCCUCUUGUUCUCUGCUUGUUGAGGUAUGCGGCUUGGAUGAGGCGAUUGUGUGACGGAUCGGCGAUGGAAUGCUUCAGCAGCGCAUCUUGAUUUCCUCCGAUGUUGGCAAUGAUCUUGGAAGCCGUUAUUCGAGCUCAAGUUAGAAGAGUCGGUGUGGCCUAGUUCGGCGUGGCGGCAAGGCAGGGCAACUUUCCCCUUUGCGGCGGCAGGACGUCAUACAGGUUGUUGUCGUUCAGGGGGACAGAUAAAAUGAGCUGUGGGCCAGGGCUACCAACGACUGAGUAGACUUGAGUCCUAGCUUUUGAAACAAGUCGUGACGAUGACGACAGCCGCUUUACCACCACCAUGCAUCCUUCCUACCGUGUCCGUUUCGGCCCGUGCUGAUGCUUCCGCCAGAACCGCGCCGAACCCGGAAGAGCGCCAAUCACUGGUGUUGGAGUGGCCCCAAACAGAUGUGCGGGAGUGGCUUGAGAAGAGUGGAAGCAAAGUAGAUUCUCUGGCGCGGGUGGCUUGGGCUCUGGUGCUUCGAAGCUAUACCUCUCUGGAUCACGUUUGCUUCAAGCUUGCCACGAGCUCGCGGGAGAGCAAGCUUUACGAUUGCCACAUCGACGGGACAAGCAGCCUCCAGAACCUUCUGCAUGAGGUAGAACGAUGCGAGAAAGACGAGUGCUGCCGCGAGAACUCGGCGUCCCUCUGCAGGAAUGAACUCGGAAACGCACAUGGUGUUUGUAACACCAUGCUUGCAGUUGAGCUGGAAGGCGGGAUACGGGGUCAGCUUGUGGAGUUGCGGAGCGUGUGUACCUACUUCCAUCGCACUGAAGUGGAUAUUGAACGCAUGGCCAGGUGGAAUAUGCCUUUCAGGAGAACCGUUGAGGACCAAUGCGUCACGGAGAUCAUUCUGCGAUCUUGUCGCGAACGGCCCGACUCCACGGCAAUCUCAGCCUGGGAUGGGGAAAUCACUUACAGCGAUCUGGAACGACAGAGCGCUAGGCUUGCGACAAAGCUGUUGAGGAUUGGCGUUGGCCCUGAGGUGACUGUUCCUAUACUUAUGGAAAAGUCGAAAUGGUUGGUGGUCGCGGCCUUGGGCGUCAUUCGAGCGGGCGGUUCCUUCCUCACUCUGAAUGUUUCGCACCCAUUUGAGCGCAUUGAGAGGAUAGUCCGGACUGUCUCAGCGCCACUCGUAGCGUGCUCGCGCGGUUGCGAAACGCUAGCCCGUCGCUUGACCGAGAAGACCAUUAUCAUUGAUGAUGCUGCAGCAUCUCUCGAACAGGAGAUCGAUGAUGAAGCUUUGCAGCAACAGCAAGACCGAUCAUCACCAUCAGAUGCUCUGUAUGUGGUCUUUACCUCGGGAAGUACGUCAGAGCCCAAGGGUCUGGUACUUGAGCAUAGGGCAUUCUCUGCCUCGGCAUUGGCAACGAUUGGCCCGUUGAGGCUGGGGCCGGAGACGCGCCGUGUACAGUAUGCGGCAAAUGGCUUUACCAUGUGUAACCGCGAGAUCCUGCUCAUGCUCAUGGUGGGAGGCUGCCUCUGCAUUCCAUCCGAAAACGAUAUAAGGACGGAUCUGGCAGGGUUCAUCAACCGCCACCGUGUUAAUUAUGCAUUUUUGACGCCAGUUUUGCUAGACAGCCUGAAGCCCACAGAUGUCCCACCCCUUCGUGUGCUCUUGCUAGGGGGUACGACAAUUGGUAUGUCCCAGAUAAAGAAGUGGACAAAUCAUCUCCGAGUGAUGUAUGGGUAUGGGGCGACUGAAACGGCUGGAGUUGCCGUUCUGGUCCCAGAGAUUGAGCCAGGAUGGGAUGAACGCAGCGUCGGAUAUGCCUGCGACCAUUGCCUCUGGGUCGUGGAUGUGAAUAAUCCGAACCGUCUAGUGCCCGUGGGUGCCAUCGGGGAGCUAGUGCUUCAGGGCAAGGGCCUUGCAAGGGAAUAUCUAGGUGACGAGGAGAAAAGUUGUCGUGUGUUCUUGAAGUCAGCAGACUGGCAAUCCCGACUGGCUCCGUACGGAUAUGGCAGCUCUCAAGAGCGGCUCUACCGCACAGGAGAUCUGGUACGAUACAAUCUGGAUGGGUCUAUCCAGUACAUCUCACGAAAGGACAGCGUGGUCGAAGUGGGCGGCCGAAGAGUAGACCCCGGGGAGGUUGAGCAUCAUAUUGCAAACUGUACGGACCUCGUGAGUCGAGGGGUACGAAAUGUUGCCGUUGUGGCAGCUAAUGCACCAGAGAAUUGUGGCAGGACUGUGCGGGUGCAGCUCACUGCAAUCAUCGAAACUGACGUAAGCUCCACGCAGUGUUCAAGGGAAUCGGCUUCAGGGAGUUUGAACAUGGUUCGAUCCGAUCCGAACGGUGAAUUGGCAGCAGUAAUCAAGGAGUAUCUGCUAACCCAGGUCCCUCAAUACAUGGUUCCGCCUCAUUUCUUUCUCAUCAAUCACAUGCCCUUAAACAGAUCAGGGAAAUUUGAUCGGCUCCGGUUGAAAACUGUGUUUUGUCCGAGCCCGGUGGCUAGUUCAACGCGGUCAAACAUGAACAAAGCGACAGGGCCGCAAGCUCCUAUGGCCGAUGAUGCACCGAAUGGCGUGUUGGCUCAAAUAGAGCAAUUGCGGAAACUGAUCGCUCAGCUGCUUAAGCUUCCCGAAGACACGGUCAGACCAGAGAGCAAUUUCUUCGAAAUCGGGGGAGAUUCAAUGACAUCGUUUCAGCUGGCAUCGCUCGCUGGACGGAAAGGUCUUCACCUGACAGAAGAUACGAUUCUGAGCUGCCCAGUAGUGUCGGACAUGGCUAAGGCAUCGACUCCCAGAAAUUCGCCCACUGAGCGCCAGGAAAUGCGGACAAGCCCAGGCAAAGAGGAAUUCACCGCUGCCCAGACCGAAAGGUUGCGGAGACUACUGCCGUUGGAGCUAUCACCUUUGAUGCUCGAAAUGCUACCCCUUACCGACUUUCAACAGACGAGCUUGACAAUGAUGAAUUACCGCUAUUACCGGCUUGGGUUGCCCCCGAAAUUCGAUCGUAGACGGUUGCUUCGUGCUUGCCAGAAGCUCGUUGCUCGACAUACCAUUCUGCGAGCAGCCUUUGUCUGCCAGAAUGGAGAAUAUGUUCCGGUGGUAUUGAAAGACUGGACAGUGUCUGUUCGUGAUUUUGAAACAGAUGAUCUAGACCGGUUUUGUUCAGACGACAGUUCCGUUGCAGAGAAUGUAACUAGCGGUCGACCGCCCUUUGCCAUACACUUGGUGACCAUCAAACAAUCUGGCGAAGUGUUCCUUGUCUUCCGGCUCGCCCAUGCGCUGUACGAUGGUUUUUCUGCGUCUGUCCUCGUCGGCGACUUUGCCGCUCUUUACAACGAGAAGACCUUGCCUCCGACAAGCCCAUUUUCGGCUCACCUGCGAGCAAUGCAGGCAUUGCAGACGGAGGUGGCGUAUGGUACUUGGCGAAAGGUCCUGCAAGGAUCACAGAUGACUUCACUGCGCGAGCAUAGACUUCCCAUCUCCGCGUUGGAGGACCGCACUUCACGGCCAGCGUUUGUGGUUAAUGUCACAAAGACAAUUCCCACCGUUUCCUUGCCGGUCAACAUCACCUUAUCCAGCUUGCUCAAGGCGGCGUGGGCUGUCACGCUUCUUCGGUACUUUGCCUCACAGUCUAAGACUUCUACAUCCGUCGUCUUCGGACAAGUCGUGCAUGGACGGAAUUCUAAUGUGACGCAUGCGGAUCGCAUUCUGGGCCCCUGUAUCAGCAUCGUUCCUGUCUCCGUCUCGUUCGAGCCAACAACUUCCAGGCUAGAGGUCCUUCGCGCAGUUCAGCGACAGCACCUUGAGACUUUGUCUUACUCGGCACUGGGAUAUCGAGACAUCGUAAAGAACUGCACGGCGUGGCCCAAGGAUACUCCGCUGAGCAGUUUCGUGCGAGUUCGCAAUUAUGAAUUCCCCACUGAGUGUUGGCUAGAUGGAGUUCAGUGCCAUGCCAGCCACUAUCCUUUACCUAACAAUCCAUCUCAUAGUGCGAAUGUGCAUAUUGUUCCUGGGGCAGGUCGUCUGCAUGUGGAGAUCGCAGUCUCGAGUCACGUUCUCGGUGAGCGGCAGGUAGAGUACCUAGUGGGGGAGUAUUGCCGGACGAUUCAGAGUUUUGAUAACAAAGUCAUUGGGCGCAAGCCGCAUGUUUUCGCACCGGGGCCCUCGCUGGGGUAGAUAGAAGCACUGAAGAACUGCAUGCGGUCGCCUUGAAGCUCAUUAUGGCUCAGCCAGAUAUGCUGUGGUUUCCAUAAGGAUCCCGCAGAUAUAUAUUUAUGAGACUGUCAGAGCCAAAAAUCAAUGAUCGGUAUCCAAGCUUUUUGGUGAAAAAUCAGGUGCUUGUCGGAGGACAGGGUAAUGUGUCAAGAUUUUGCAAAUAGCCACGACAUACCAACAGUCAUAUUUUGUUCUUCCUACACGUUGCGAUACUAUCUCGGCAACGUAGCGGGCAUAUUUCUGCUACCCAGGUGCUCGGCUGUGGGUAGAUCAUAAAUACGCCUGUUUGACCGGUAUGAUCGUCGGGCACCAUCUGAAGU